AUGCCCGUGUCCCACAUUGGUCUCACGGUUUCGCAUCUUCCAACAUCGUCUUCAUUCUUUCUCUCAGCUCUCCAGCCACUCGGAUAUCGCUACAUUGGACAGUCGGGGCAUCAAAUCGGGUUUGGCAUCCAGGAUGCUGAUUUCUUCCUUUGCCAGGAGACCCCUGGGUACACCGCAACUGACUGUGCAUUUAGUGUAAAGGCGGGUGCUGCUCACAUUGCCUUCACCGCUCCUAGUCGGACCGCCGUUCGAGACUUCUACACAGCAGCCUUGACUGCUGGAGGCCGUCCCAACGGCGCCCCUGCGACUCGAUGCGACGAUGACGGUCACUUCAAUGCUGCUGUCCUAGAUCUAGACGGCAACAGUAUCGAAGUGGUUUACAGAAACGGGCCCGAUGUCAGGGAUGAUGGUACUGUCAUUGAACACAGCAGAGUCAUCACGUGGCAGAGGAGUGUCUACGAGAGCUCAAGCUACCGGGAUGACAGAAGUGUCAUCAGUUCACGUACAACGAAGCCGGCGCCCACCGAAGUUGCUUCAAAAGCUGCAUCGGUUGCCUCGAAAGCACCAAGCGUGGCCAGGAGUAUUUCCGAACCUGUCGCUGUUCCGCAAGCGACGAGUACUUCGGAAAGCGGUGAUGGUGCCGCGAAGACGCUCAUCGGUACACUGCUCGGGGCUGCGGCAGGCGCCGCUGUUGCAUAUGCAAUGGUCAGGAGCGAGCAAGACAGUGCGAAGAAAGAGUCGGACUUUAGCGCGUACAUGGACGCAAAGAACAUUGUCAAAGCUGCGGCAGGCCACCUCGCUGGGGCCUCGUCCCAGUCCAAGGCACCCUUGCCUGACCCGCAGCCCACCAACGAGGCUGCUCCUGAGCCAGUACACCGCAACAUCGAUGCUCAAUCUUACCACUCGUCUACACCGCCACAGCCACGUAGUGUCUACACUGCUCCUCGGCAGAUUGAGGCGGCGCCCACCUACUAUGCUGCAUCGCAGGUUUCCAAGGCCCCGACAGGUGUCCCUCGACAGAUCGAGGCCGCACCGCCUACCUACUACUCUGCAUCGCAAGUAUCCAAGGCUCCCACAGCUGCACCCAGGGCACUCGAGUAUGUGCCAGCUCCUUCAGUUGCGCCAUCACAGGCGCGAUCCAAGUACAGCCUUGCACGAGACAUCGAGACAUACUUCGCAUUCCAAGUCAAGUCGCAGCCACCACACGGAAGCGGUCGAGUCUUCUCCAUCUCCACCACCAUCCUCCAAGGCGCCAUCAAAGGUCGUGACUCCAAGUCAUCCGCUAGCAAGAACGAAGACUUUAUAGAUGACUUGGACAUUGAGGAGUUGACCGAAGAUGACAUGGACACUGUUGUCCCCAGCGAUAGCAUCUCUCAGAUUGGCUCGACCACCUCCCGCCGGCGCCACAAGUCUAAAAAGCACUCCGAUGGCUCCGUGUUCUACUUCCAAGCACUCUCAUCGCUCUCAUCGAUCCCACAAGACGUCAUCUAA